GUCCUUGCUCGCCCAGAAGGGCCACGGAUCUUGAGUGACAAAAUGGGGAUGAAUAAAUGCGUCCUUCAUUUUUGUGUCGGCUUGGUGGCCUUUCUCCUGAUCUUAACUGGAGUGAUAAGGAUAAUUCAAGUAUUUACGGCUGGCGAAGAAGUUGGCGGGACGUUUGUGUGGUUUUAUUUUAUUAUGGGGCUCGUGCACUUGGCUAGCGGCGUGUUACUGGCACACGGUGCCAUGAAGCAAAAACCCAAGUUAGUUUUUGCCCAUCUGGUCAUAACUAUCAGUUGUCUAAGUCUGGCUACAAUUGGCGUAUUGUUUAUAAUUUGUUUUAUGGAUUUAUCGGAUGGGACAGGAGUCAUUGUGGGUUACGUGGCAGCUAUAAGCAUCUUCUUUGGUUUGGAGCGCAUCGUGUACGACUUUUAUAAGGACCUCAAGAGUGAACCGCAGGGGAUGAACACUCACGCGACUUCUGAAGUUUGAGGAAGGAUUACAAACUUUUAGUCAAAUUUAAUUUUAAUUAUGUGGUGUGUAACUAUUGUUAUUUAUUAUUUUGAUACCUGUGAUGUGGCGACAAUAAUAAAGCUAA